AUGAACAUUGGGAAAAUCAGUGUAGAGAUCCUCUUCCUCCUGUCCAUAGAAUGCCUCGGCAAAUGGUCGAGAAUCGCAGACGAGUUCCUUCCUGUAGCGCUCCUUGUAACGCUCUUUCUCGGUCCACCACUUGGGCGGUUGAUUGGAAAAGCUGACAAUGUGAGAUGCACUCUGGAUAAAAUCGUCGAUUUCUACCAUUAUCAUUUCUCCAGUGGAGGUCUCUUCCGCUCUGGUCUCACAAACCCACGACGAGGUGAAGCUCUGAGGAACUGUGUCCGGGUCCUCGAGCUAUCUCUUUCCAACCGCCGUUUAGGCAUUCCCGUCAAGUAUCUCCAUGCCAUACUUCGUUCUUGCCCUCGACUACUUGAGCUGCGACUCCGCGUUGGCGCCGAGGUCAACACUUUCUAUCCCACCAUCUUACAAGAGAGACGCCUUCGCAACACAUUCUCUACAACUCUCAAAUCUCUCCGAGCUCUGCAAGUAUUUGUGGAUCAACGUUCGACUAAAAGUCGAGUUUUUAAAGAAGUUCAAGCUCUGACCGCAGGUGCAGAGUUGGACUUUGUCGCUCUCGCCACGGACAGCGACAAGACCAUUCCCCCCACGUUCGAUCCGCUUCAAUACGACGUAGAGGUUGAGUCAUACAGUCGAUUUACCUGGCCAGUUGAAACAAACUCCCUUUCUAUUUCCAUGGCGAAUAUCAAUCCAUCACAAUCGACUGAACCCAGUAACCCUGUGAUCAAGCCGGAAACGAUUCGUUUUCACUCCGACAAUACCCACAAUGGUGCAUUCUUCGACUUAUUCGCCCCUCAUAUCAAGAACUUGCUCUAUCGGGUGUGGUCACAUAGCUCCGUCUGGGGACAAGAACUCCAUACACUCUUGACAAAGUGCCCAGGAAGAUAUUCGAAAGAUAUUCCAAACCAACUUUGA